UCCUCCCCCUUCAGCAGGUCCUCCAGCAGGUCCCCCACCCCAUCCAUCAUGACGUCCCCAAAGCUGUGGCAGAAAACCUCCAUCUCCAGACUGGCAGAGGAGUUCUUUUGGAUUGGUGGAAGCGUCGUAGCACAACCCAAAUGGAGACUGGGUCAAUAUGUGGAGAGGUGUAUGUGCACCAUGCAGACUGGCACCCAGAUGACCAAACUGAAAGGGAAGAAGAAGGGCCUGGUCAGGUUCUUCUACCUGGAUGAACACAAGUCCUGCAUCCGCUGGAGGCCCUCCAGGAAGCACGAUAAAGCUAAAAUAACCAUUGACUCCAUCCACGAGGUGUGUGAGGGCAAGAAGUCUGAGAUCUUCCAGCGCUACGCAGACAGCUGCUUCGACCCCAACUGCUGCUUCAGUAUUUACCAUGGCGACCACGUGGAGUCUCUUGACCUGGUCUCCACUAACGGAGAUGAGGCCCGUACCUGGAUUACUGGCCUGAAAUACCUCAUGGCUGGCAUCAGUGACGAGGACAGUCUGGCAAAGAGACAACGCAAAAGGGACCAAUGGUUACAGCAGACCUUCUCAGAGGCAGACAAAAACGGGGACGGCAAUUUGAGCCUGGGAGAGGUUCUUCAGUUACUCCACAAACUCAACGUGAACCUGCCCAGGCAGAAAGUCAGAGAGAUGUUUAAGAAAGCAGACACAGAUGACAACCAGGGUUCGUUAGCUUUUGAAGAAUUCUGUACCUUCUAUAAGAUGAUGUCUACACGCAGAGGCCUCUAUCUCAUCAUGCUCUCCUACAGUAAUAAUAAAGAGUUCAUGGACCUGAAUGACCUGGUCCGUUUCAUGGAAAAUGAACAGAAGAUGGCGGGUGUAACCAGAGAAUAUUGUCUGGAGAUAGUCAGCCAGUUUGAGCCAUGUUCUCAAAACCUACAGAAUAUGGUUCUGGGCAUCGAUGGUUUCACCAAUUACAUGCGAAGUCCAGCAGGAGACAUCUUUAAACCAGACCACCAUCAUGUGCACCAGGACAUGACUCAGCCCCUGUGUAACUACUUCAUAGCCUCGUCCCACAACACCUACCUGACAGGGGACCAGCUUCUGUCUGAGUCCAGGGUAGACAUGUACGCCUAUGUGCUCCAGGCUGGCUGUCGCUGUGUGGAAGUGGACUGCUGGGAUGGACCAGACGGGGAGCCUAUCGUCCAUCAUGGCUACACCCUGACAUCCAAGAUCCUCUUCAAAGACGUCAUUGAAACCAUUAACAAAUAUGCCUUCACAAAGAAUCAGUACCCAGUGAUCCUAUCCAUAGAGAACCAUUGCACAGUGCCCCAGCAGAAGAAGAUGGCUGAGUAUCUGUUGGAGGUGCUCCAGGAUAAGGUGGACCUUUCUACGGUCAACAUGAAUGAAUUCAGAAAGUUGCCCUCCCCAGAGCUCCUGAAAGGGAAAGUUUUAGUCAAGGGAAAGAAGCUUCCAGCGAACAUUGAUGAUGAUGCAGAGGAGGGGGAUGUGUCGGAUGAAGACAGUGAGGAAGAGGAGGACGAAGAUGACACCCAGAUAAACACAGAUGUAAGGACAUUACUACCACCCAUGCAUCCACUUAUCUCUGGCCCUCCCCUAUUCACCCUCAGGAAAGGGAAGACGAUGAGGUUAUCCCGAGCGCUGUCUGACCUCGUCAAGUACACCAAGUCUGUCCGGGUCCAUGACAUUGAAACACAAGCUUAUAUGACCAGUUGGCAAGUGUCUUCACUCAAUGAAAGCAUUGUGAACCAGAUCAUGGCUCUGAAGCCAGCUCAGUUGGUGCGAUUAAACCAGAGGCAGCUACUACGUGUUUACCCCUCCAACUACCGUGUGGACUCUAGCAACUUCAACCCACAGCCCUUUUGGAACGCAGGAUGCCAUAUGGUUGCACUGAAUUACCAAACAGAGGGCCGCAUGCUUGAACUGAACAGAGCCAAGUUCUCAACCAAUGGCAACUGUGGAUACUUACUGAAGCCCAGGUGCAUGAAUAAAGGUUUCUUUAACCCUACGCUGGAGGACCCUCUGCCGGGACAGAGUAAGACUCAAUUGGUACUGAAGAUUAUCAGUGGGCAGCAGCUUCCAAAACCCAAAGAUUCAAUGCUGGGGGAUAGAGGGGAGAUUAUUGAUCCUUUUGUAGAGGUGGAGAUCAUCGGUCUGCCUAUUGAUUGCUGUAAGCAGCAGACGAGGGUGGUGGAUGAUAAUGGCUUCAAUCCCAUGUGGGAGGAGAGCUUGGUCUUCACCCUCCACAUGACCCAGAUUGCACUGGUGCGUUUCCAGGUGUGGGACCAUGAUCCGAUAGGACAAAACUUCAUUGGACAGAGGACCAUAGCAUUCGUCAGCAUGAUGCCAGGUUAUCGCCAUGUCUAUCUUGAGGGCAUGGAGGAGGCCUCCAUCUUUGUUCAUGUUGCUGUAAAUGACAUCACAGGAAAGGUUAAGCCAAGUAAUGCUGUAAAGGGUUUUUUGAAAAAAGCUACGAAGAAAGGGUCAGCCAAGGAGCCAAAGACGGUCUCUAUGCACCUCUCCACUUACUCAUCAGAGGACGUCCGUCAGCGGUACCGCAAGGACCUGGACUCCUACUCCCAGGAGAACAGCGGGAACGGCAGCAUGUUAGUGACGCCUGCAGGCAUAGACUACCUCCAUAGAGGGACUCAGAGCGAACCACUGAAGCGAGCUCACACGGUGCAAAUUCUGGAGGAGGAAAUCCAGGGUGCUUCUCCGAAGGAGGAGAAAAGAAAGGAGGGGAAAAGGAAGGGCAUCCUUGUCCGCGUGUCCUCCACCUUCUCCAACUCUGGGGCGUCCAUCCCGUGCAUCACAGCAACAAGCCCUGACCUGGAGGGCAUGUUUCAGUCGUCUCAGCCACAGAGUCCAGAACCAGAGAGCCAAAUGCAGUCGUUUCAGGCAGCCUGGCCAGAUCUGGAAGACCAGGUUCAGUCUUUCCAUGCACACUGGCCGGGCCAGAACAACUCGGGUCGGUCAUUUGAGCCUAAGUGGCCAGACCCACCUGAGAUUGAGGACAUAGCAGGAGAACCACUGAGAAAGCUUAACAGUAAGCCUGCACUCCAAACUGUAUCAGAACAUCUGAACCAGCCCCAACCCCAGCUCCAUCCACAGCCCCAGCCCCAGUCCCAACCCCAGCCCCAGUCUCAUCCUGAGGUCAUUCUCCGGAACCGACACCCACCAUCCUCCCCUGUCAGAGUUAGACGGACCCUGGAGACCCCAGCCAGCCAAUUCCCCUGCAGUACAUUAAGGAUCAAGGCCCACUCUCGCAGUGUUGCACGGAAGCCGCACGCCUCGCCACUCUCCCCGGCGGUUAACCGCAGGGCUGCUGUGCACUGGCAGCCUCAGACUCCUUCCCCUCCCCCCCAGAACCAUUGCCGCUAUGGCCACCAGCCUAUACCCAACGGCCUCUACCUGUCUGACAGUGACUCCAGCAGUGGUGGCAGUAUAGACAGUCUAAGUCUGGAGCUCCUGCCCUCGCGUGUGCCAGUCAGUGGGCAGAGGGAAGUGGGCACCCUGCAGAGAGAGAUGAAUGCCCUCUUUGACCAAAAGAUGAAGGAGAUUCGCUGUAAAUCGCCACUCUUUUUUUACGAUUACUCUACGCUAUAGUAACCAGACACUACAAGGACCACAGCAGUGAGCAGCCAAUUGGAAUAAGCAUAGGAGUAGGAAAUACACUUGUAAACAUAUAGCGUUACCUUGUAUGUAUCUAGAUGCAUGUACAAAUGUCAUCACAUUUUGAGACCGAACAAGUUUAUUUUGUAUAAGCUAAUCACUUACUUU